GUUGAAUUCUUCUGUGAAGACAACAAGUUGUGACUGUGAAUCAUUUAAAGAUGUACAAAUUGGCUAAAUCUUUACACACUUUACGAUUUUAUAUCACUUUGGCCGUCAUCUUAACAUCUGCAGCUCAAACAAUUGCUCUCGAGUGCUACGUCUGCAGCUACACGUUGAACCAGAAUGAUGCCACCUGCAUCACGAACGCCAGCGCUGUUCGCGCCAUCAACUGUACCAAAAAGUAUUGCCUCACGGUGCGGCAAGAGAUGAUUCACAAUGCGAACAAAGUCAAUUCCUUUUUACGUGACUGUGUGGAUAAGCCGCUGAUACUGAACGGAGUCAAAUCGGAUGCCUCGUUUCGCACCUACUAUCGCUCCUGCCAGCAGAAUCUGUGCAAUGGACACAACGGACGCGUCUACAACUCGAGUGGCAGCACUGGAGGAGCUGGUGGAUCCUCAGGAGCUGCGGGUGGCAAUCACAAUGUCAUUAUACCUGGCAAAAAUGGAUGCCUUAAGGCAAGGACAAGCAUCCUUUGCAUAGUCUCUAUGUGGUUGUUGUUGUUGCUACACGGUAACUGUAAUUAGCGUCAAAUGCAUGCCAUGAGAUAUGGCUAAAAGGAUAAGACUCCACUCGUAAACUAUAUACAUAUGGCAGCUAAAAACGCUGAAAAUAAAAUGCCGCCAGCAUCCAA